UCAGAAUUUAUUGCAACACAGUCUUCCAAGCAGAACAGACCCAAGGUCUUCCAAUUGCAGUAGCCACCCAUUUCGACAGUCAGUCAUGCAGCAUCCGCAUCCUAGUGACCAGCCCACCUACAUGCCGGAGGUCCCGUUCCAGCCUCUCUGGGGUCAGGAGGCACCGCCGCCGCCCAUUGUGCCGUAUCAGGAGCUCAUCGCCGGUUUUCCCUGCUCCGAUUUGUCUCUGUGGCAGCGCUCGCAGGUAACUCCACUGGUUCCCCAGCGUCCGUCGACAAAUGGAAGGGCCAACGGGUCGUCCAGCUCCUCGAAGAAGACCCGUCGCCGAGUGGCCUCGAUGGCCCAAAGAAGAGCUGCAAAUAUCCGCGAACGCCGACGGAUGUUCAACCUGAACGAGGCUUUCGAUAAGCUGCGCCGCAAGGUGCCCACCUUCGCCUACGAGAAGCGGCUCUCCCGCAUCGAAACCCUUCGUCUGGCCAUCACCUACAUUGGAUUCAUGGCGGAGCUGCUCAGCGGCACGCCCUCGAACUCCCACAAGUCCCGGUCGGAGGUCUACGGCAGCAUGAAUGGACACCAUCAGGCUCCUCCGCCGGCCAUCCAUCCUCAUCAUUUGCAUCCUGCAGCGGCCUAUCAACGCGACUUUGCCUCGCCCUACAACCAUAGUUUGACAUAGAGA